UGUUGAGUUGAAUCUUUAUUCUUCUUUUUUUAGUCUUUGGGUCUUCAUUGCAUCAUGACAACUUAGAAAAUUUUAGCACCAUGUAUUUUUUUCAUAAAAAUAGUUUUCUUCGGAAAGGAAAAAAAAAUAUACAAGAGAUUUUCUAAACUUGAUUUUAUUUUAUUAGAUCUAAGCUUUAAAAAGGUUUGGGUGUUUUCAGUAGCUUGCAACUGAAAGGAAAACCGGGGUGUUUUUCUUUUUUUCAGCUUUGUGAAAUUAGGGUUUAUUCCACAGGUUGACGUGAAGCUUAUGAUUGCCAUUUUCAUGUACUUUUUGCAGUAUCGUUGAAUCCUCUUGAAAGCUAGCUUUGCAUGAGUUUUUUGGGUAUGGAUAUGAGCAAGUCUAAACUUGAAUCGCAUGUAGCACAGCAAAGCCGGCGAGAUAAGUUGAGGGUUCAUCAUUUGGGACUAAACCCAGAUCUUGUUCAAGUUCGUAGUGUUAGAAAUGCCAAUUUGCUUUACGACCCAACAUUUGUUUCACCCCAUCAAGAGUUAACAGAAGAUGAAGAAAGCUGCAGCAGGGAAAUGCCUGCAAAUGGUUCGUGUAAAAUACCAGGUGACCCACAAAGUUGUGGUGAUUGGGUGAUGGGUUAUGGGAUCAACCAAAACCCUAUGUUUGAUGCUGCUAUGGGGUAUCCGAAGCCUAAUUACAGUGAAAUUUGUAGCCAGGAUAGCAAAAGGCAUUGUGGGGAAUUGCAUUUUGUUUCAUCUUCUCUUUAUGAUGUUGUUACUACAGCUUCUCUGGGUACUCAGGGACUAGAAAUGGCUUCUAUGACACAUCAAGCAAGUGCUUUGCAGUGUGGCAACGGUGGUGGUGCUUGGACGAACAUUAGGCCUGUAUUAGAGGAUGGCCAACAGUGGGCUAAUGCUGCUACUAAUACGACCCAAGGGCUAUCUCUAACUCUUUCGUCGAAUACCACAUGCGGUGCAGCCCAGUUCACAGACGACCAGUUUUGUUCCCAUCGCUUUAAGGAAUCUCAAGAUUCAAAAGCUUUAGACACUGCCCAUUUAUAUUCGAUGCAGAAGCCAUCUAUAAUCAGUAAAGAUAGUGGGAAUUCAACAUGUGUUCCCCUUGGUCCAUUUACGGGAUAUGCAACUAUUCUUAAGAAUUCAAAGUUUCUGAAACCAGCACAACAAUUAUUGGAUCAAUACUGCCAUAUAGCCAACUCGAAGCUUGCUAAAGUUUGCGAGACAUCCGAUGCGGUCAUAGGCGACAUCGGUGACUUAGCCUCGGCUGAUGAUGCCAAUGCAGUUGAUAUGGGGGAUAGAGCUAUUAAGGGAAACAACUCAGGGGCUUCCAUCUCGAGUUUUUGCAGUUCUAAUGAAAUUAGUGUUGCUGUUGGCAUUGGGAGCAGCAGCUCUUGUAGGCCUGAAUACCAACAAAAGAAGGCAAAGCUUUUAUAUCUGCAAGAAGAGGUUUGCAGACGAUACAAGCUAUAUUAUCAGCAGAUGCAAAUGGUGGUUUCGUCUUUUGAAUCCGUAGCUGGUCUUAGUUCUGCCACUCCCUACGUUUCCUUGGCUCUCAAGACGGUAGAAAAGAACUUUCGGUGCAUAAAGAACGCAAUCUCGGACCGCGUCAGGCAUAUAUGUAGAGCCCUGGGGGAGGAUUUAUUGUCCUCAACUACCGGUGCUAGCAGUAGCAAAGGUGAUAUAAAUAUGUCUAGGCUAAAAUAUGAGGUCCAGAAAUCCGGGGGAGUUAACGUGGGCUUCCUUGAACCCCAACAACAAGGCUGGAGGCCCCAGAGAGGCCUACCAGAACGUGCUGUGGCAAUUCUUAGAGCUUGGCUCUUUGAGCAUUUUCUUCAUCCGUACCCUUCAGACACGGAUAAGCAUAUGUUGGCCACUCAAACCGGACUUUCUCGGAACCAGGUGUCAAACUGGUUCAUAAACGCACGAGUUCGAGUUUGGAAACCGAUGGUUGAAGAAAUACACAUGCUCGAAAGCAAAGGCUUGGCAGAAAACAAUCCGAACUCGAGCAAAACAACUGAAGCAAAAUCUCCUAGUACCAAUCGGCCUAAUGAAGACCAACCUAUCGACAGGCCAUGUAUAAACGCAACUUCCAUGGAGCAAUUGAUUUGCUCAGGAACGGCUGUUGCGGGGACAACGGGAGAUGCCCAUGAUACCGAACGCUGGUUUCAUGAUAAACCUUUGAGGAUGGAUUUUCGUAUCCCAACAAGCAUGGAAGGUUCGUUGUUGAGUUUCGCACCGUAUGAGCAAAGCAGGCUUGAGAUGGGAGGGCUCGGAGCUGUGUCACUUACCUUGGGACUCAGGCAUGGUGUAGAAACCGCACAAGCACACCAGCACCAGCACCGGCACCGGCAGCAACAAUAUCAGUCACAGGAGGACCAACUGCAGCGGCCAUUCGGAGGUCAAAUGGUCCACGACUUUGUUGGCUGAAAUUGUAUGAUCAAUCAACUAGCCUAGCCAUUCCUUAUGAUAGUUUUUCCAAAAUGUGGCAAAGACUGCUAAUACAAAUGUUGCAGGCCAACUUGACCGUAUUUGUUUGUCACACUAAUACAGGGUUGAAUGAAAGAGAUAGCACCAUGCAGUGCAAUCAUCAUGAUGUGGUAAUGGUGCUUUAAUAAAUUUGUUUAGAUUUGUCGGUUGUGUUGGUAGGGAUUUUGGUUCUGUCGGUAAUUGGUGUAUACAAACAUGUAAUGUCUUUUACGGUAAGAAUGAUUGACACCCUUAUAUCCACUGUAAAAA